AUGAAGCAAGACAAUUUCGAGGAUAUGUGGGAACACAAUGUAUAUUAUCCGUUUUCAGAUAGAGCAGAGUGGGAACUCGCAAAAUUCCUUUGCAAGAACUUGAAUCAAGGGCAGAUCACUCAAUUUCUGAAACUUCUCUGGGUGGUUUCAGAGGCGAGACAGCCACUGUCUUUUAAGAACGCCAAGCAGCUCUUUACUUUCAUGGAGGCAUUACCAGUGACCCCUAAAUGGAAGUGCACACCCAUUGAGACUGAUGGAUAUACAACUACACACCCCGUGAAUCUCAUCUGGCAAGACGCCCUGGAACGCAAGUAUGGGGAGUGGAUGUCAUGUGAGCACGCAUUUGAAAUUCAGAGUCAACUGCCCACUGGCGCAUCUAUAGUACCCAUCAUUCUGGCAUCUGACAAGACCCCAGUAACGCGACACACAGGCUCACUCGAGAUGCACCCCACAUUCCUGACAAUCGGGAACAUCCACUCUGAAAUUCGCAUGAAGGCAACCUCACACACAUGGGCCUGCAUCACAUACAUUCCAACCCCAGAAUAUAUCAUGAACCAUGAUUUCUCAGGAGUAUUGGAAGCACGCCUCUGGCAUAGGUGCAUGGAUAUGGUCUUACAAAACCUGAAGGUCGCAGCUCAAGUGGGUGAAUUCAUGACAGACCCAAUGGGUUGCCAGCGUUAUGCAUUCACACCACUUGCCACCCACAUUUCUGACCUUCCCGAGCAACUUAUGAUUGCAUAUCCCUGGAAAGUUCGGGAAUUUCUGGAGCGGGCAAAGCAACAAUCACUCAGCAGUGUCCAUCUCCCGUAUUGGCAUGACUGGCGGUUUUCUGACCCUGCCAUUUUCCUUGUCCCUGAACUACUACACACAUGCCACAAGUUUUUCUUUGAUCAUAUAUUGAAAUGGUGCAAGGAGGUGCAUAAACAUGUUGGCAUGCAUCAUUUCGCCAAUGGCGUCUCUCAUGUUAAUCAAAUGACCAGACAUGAGCAUCACGAUAUCCAGCGAAGACUGGUCCCCACCAUCAUGGGCAUGACUACCCCUGGAUUCGUUCGUGCACUCCACGCACUUGCUCCUACCUUCACCAACUCCUCCAUUGGCAGCAUGGUUGCCUCCCUCAAUGAGUUCCAUGUCCAUAAACACUUCAUCUUAGAGGCGGAGGCUCACACAGGAGCCUCCGGCCCAAUGGGUCAUUUCCAAAUCCCGAAACUUGAGCUCUUUAAUUCCUUUGCAUGCUCUAUCCAUAAAUCUGGCGCUGUCAUCCAACAUUCAGCAGAUGCCAGUGAACAGCUGUUGAUCACGCACUGCAAGACACCUUUCACUUGGACAAGUCACCAAAGGAGCACAUUUACUCAACAGGUUGUCAAUCUCGUUAAUUGUGAGGACACAAUGCGACAAUUUGACUUGUAUGCCCUCCUUCGUGAAUGGGGGAUCUCUCUCAUUAAUGUUAUGGACGAAGAGUUCAAUGAAGUUGUUGAUACCGAUCCAAUGUUCAGUUGGAUAGCGAGCGUUACGCCACAGGAGAUGCACCAUUUUCAGGCCAUUCGACCCAUCCACAAUCAUUUUCUCAAAGGGAUUCUUUCUGAUGAGGCCAGUGCAGCUUUUCAUGUUAUGAUUGCUCAUGAUCUUGCUGAUAAGAAUGCCACUACUCUGGCUAAUCAUUAUCAUCUCCCUCAUUUCCCACAACUGCUCGCACAAUUUCUUGAAGUUGUCUCCAGUCCUAACUUGCACUUUCAUGGUCGCCUGCUUAAAGCCUGGUUUAAAUUUAGGCUACAGCUUUGCUCUCGACUCCGUCCAAGUAAUAUCAUGCCAAGCCAGCAGGUUCAGGCCUAUCCACCAUCUGAUUCCCAUCCUUACAGAAAUUGUGAUAUUGUCCUCCUUCAACCUCCAGGCCAUGAUCUGCAGUAUUCACCAUACAUUGCUCAAGUCCAAAUGGUUUUUGCGCUCUCUCCACGAGGGUCGCAGCUGCCAGCCAAGCUGAUGGGCCCCCUUUUGUAUGUUGAGCUCUUUGAAAUAGCCGCACCCCCUGAAGCUGAGCCACAUAUUGCCAUGUACCGAGUUCGCUGUUCAUUCCAUACUGCGCCUGAUGGUUCUCGCACGCGGGUUGGGAAGAUUGUACACCUUAUUGAUGUCACUCAUGCUGUAGAACUCAUACCAGUCUACAGGGUAACAUUGGAUCGCACUGUUACCUCUGCAACGUCUCUUGAACACUACAAUGAUUUCUAUCUCAAUGCAUUCUCCGACAAAGAGUGGUACCAUACACUACACGCAGAUUAUGUCUAGCUUUACCUAGUUUUGCGCCAUAAUGUUUUCGAUCUAC